UCAUCAUAAUAGAUAUGAUAGAAUUAACAUUAAUAAUCAACAACAAAGAUCAUUAUUAUCAGCCACAACAACAACAACAACGAUAAUGGUUAUGGCCGAUUGGGAUUCAUGGUGGACAUACGAAGGAAUCUCAGGUCCAGAUUUUUGGGGUCGUCUUAAUCCAAAAUGGUCACAUUGUAGUAAAGGACGACGACAAUCACCAAUUGAUAUUGAUACCGAAUUACUAAUCUAUGAUCCAUAUUUAAAUGAAAUUAAUAUAAAAGGAGAUUAUAUUGAUGGAAAAUUAAUCAAUACUGGACGUAGUAUUAAUAUUGAAGUUGAUCAAGAAAAAUCAAUUAUAAUUACAGGUGGACCACUUAGUUAUCAAUAUACAUUAUCAAAUGUAACAUUACAUUUUGGACGUGAAAAUAAUCGUGGAUCAGAACAUAGUAUAAAUCAAUUACAAUUUUCAGGUGAAUUACAAUUUUAUGGUUAUAAUGGACAAUUAUAUUCAAAUUGGUCGGAAGCAAAACGUUCACCGAAUGGUUUAGUUGCUAUUUCAACAAUGAUUAAAAUGACAAAAAAUAUGUCAACAAAUGUACAGCUUAAAUUAAUGAUUAAUUCAUUUAAAAAUAUUAGCAAUCGAGGUGAUAUUCAACAAUUGAAUCGAUUAUAUUUAAAAGAAUUAUUACCAGAUACAAAACAAUUUGUUACAUAUGAAGGAUCAUUAACACAGCCUGCCUGUUUUGAAACGGUUCAAUGGAUUAUAAUGAAUAAACCAUUAUAUAUUAGUGGACAUCAAUUACAUCAACUUCGUACAUCAUUAAAAAAUGAUGGACAUCAGGAUAAUUUUCGUCCAAUUCAACAGCUAAAUCAUCGUAUUGUUAGAACAAAUAUUAUUAAUCAUCGUUUAAUAUCGGAUUUACGUUUAAAGUAUGAUUUGGAUGAAAUUGAAUUCAAUGUAGAUAAUACAUAUAAUAAACAAUUAUGUUAUGUAAAUCAACCGGUUGCUUAUAAAGCAAGCAACAAACCGAUUACUUAAUUACAUGUAUGAAUUUUAUUUUUGAAAAAAAUAACACAUUUAUUUUGGUUCGAAUGACACAGGAUGGCAGCACUAUUUAUUAAAUCAAAAGAAAAACAAAGCAAUAAAUCAC